AUGAAGGAUUCGAGGAGAGUGGGUGAUUGGGGGGGCGAGGUGGGAAAGCAGAGAGGAGGAGGGGAGAGUGGGUGGUGGAAGCCCCCUGCUGGCUCCAGUCGAUCGUUCUCUUCUAAGCACGGAAAGCCGCCCCCGGGGCCAAGUAUGUUUUCUGGGAGGAAGAUCCUGUAAGGAUGUUUAUCGGUUUGAUUUUCUCCGCGUUUUGGUGACCUGCCUGACGAAUAUGUUCAUUCGUAGUCGUUUUGAUCCUCGUGCCGAUCGACGUUGAUCCGCUAUAAUCGGUCGAUUAUCUCGGGUUUAUAUUGACGUCGCUUGACCUAACUUCGUCGUUGAUUGGCAUCUUGAAUGCAUCUAUCCGUUUCAUUCACGCAUCCUCUCUCGUAAUCGUUCCAGGAUGUUUGAUUUCUGCUGCUCCUCGCGGAGCCGACUGUUGAUUCCGUGACUGACUGUGUUUGGUCCAUCGGGACCGGAACUAUUGCGAGGAAGAUCAAAAGAUGGCAUGAAGAACUCGACGUCGCUCUCCUCUGAUCCACGCAUAGUUUUCUUCUUUUUUUGUCAUCUUCUUUUUUUUAAUCCUUCGCCCUCGAGUAUUUAACGUUCGUAUAAUUAUUGGUCUGCGAUGAUUGAAUCAUGUUGCGUGAUAUCCAUCCACUCUUCGCGCUGUUCUUCAGGAUCUUGGGUGCCGACUGUGCCCGCAUGGGAGAAGAGAUUCUGCACCGCCGUCUGCGGGAUUCCGUGGAAGAAGAUCUGCGAGACCAAGAGAGUGAUGUCCUUCUACUCGAAUGUGGUUGACUGGGACGAUUCAGCUGGGAAGGAAGCCUUUGAGAAAGCCAAAUCUCGGUUCUACGCGGAGAUCAAUGGCCUCCCCUGCCAAAUCGCCCUUCCAGGCCCAGAUCUCUUCAUCGAUGAAGUCAACUGGAACGCCGAAAUCGACCCACAGCUGGUGCUGGAGCUGGAGAAAGAUCUUAUUCCCAGAGAAGUUGACCAAACAGCCCAGAGAAGCGGCGUUCUGAGCCUUGGCUGGGAUCGGCCGAUCCCCUGCUCCGGCUGGGAAGACGCUGAAGGCGGUGGCGCCACUGCCCUCGCCGGCGGAAACGGCGGUGCUGUCAGGGGAUGGGAAAGCAGCGAAGAACGGGGAGGAGGCGGCGCCGCCGGAGGAUGGGAUCACCAGAAGAACAGUAACUGGGACGGCUACAACUCCGGCUGGGGAGCUGCAAAAGCUCAGGAGUCAUGGUGGCUACAGGAUUCUGUGAGGAACGAUCUUCCCGGCCAUUACUCGGAGCUCAAGAGCGAGCCCAAGAUGCGGGAAGGUGUUGGGCAGUACUACCUGAGCUCCGCCACCUUCCACCACCGGAGAGACGACCCCCACCAGCCGGCCAAAGCUCACCGGAGGAGCAGCCGCCGCUGGAAGGCCCCCCCCCAGUGA